UUGAAAAAAAAAAUUAAACCCGAAACCCGAAACCCAAAAUUUGAACCAUGAAAGUUUUAAUAUUGAAAAUUAUUCUGGAUGAGAAAUAAGAAUCUCUUAUUUGAAUUUGAAACAGUUAUCUGAUGCAGAUAUUCGAGAAAUUCGAAUUUUGAAGCUCAAAUCUUAAUCAAAUAAAUCAAUUCAAAAAUUUUGCAUUAAAACAGACCUGUAACAGACCUGUUUUAAUUUGCCUUGCAUGUGGAAUGAAAAGUUUUAUCACCGGGACCAUUUCUUUCCGAUUAUCAAACACCCAGAAAGCAUAAAUCAUCAAACUCAAAGGGUGCAGCACAUUCGAGUUCGGGGGAAGUGGCCACGCCAAAAAUAAAAAACUCAGACUCUGUCAACAGUUGUCAUAAACACGUUCAGUUGAAAACUAAACAUGGAAGAAAAAAAAAUGAAACUGCAACAAAAAAAAUUGAAACUUGUUCCCCAAAAGUUUUCUGUGCAGGCAGACAUCAUUAAGUUGUUGACGGAAGGCAAAAAAAAUCGUUGGGCGCAUAAUUUCGCCUACUGUUUUUGGGGAACCAAAACUUUGAACAAAAAAGGGAAAAACAAAAAAAAAAAAACUUUAUUACGCCAAAAUUACUGGGCCAGCUGUUUUGUAACACAACUACUUUUUUUUUGUUUAGCUCGACGCCUCAAACAUAUUUGCCUCCGUUUAGCUCCAAGCAUGAUGCAAACGCGGGCUCCAAUAAAUUUCGCAACGGGAUAUUAUGAAAUUUAUAACCUGAAUUUUUCCCGCACGCAGUGAUUGAUUGCUGCUGGGCUACUUGAAUCGAUGUCAAUAAAACUAAUGAUUUGUUGUUGUUGUUUUUUUUUUGAUAUUUUGUCUCUAACUCUCGUCUCUUCUUUGUUUUUGAUCUAUUUUCAGGUAAGUGGUCACGCACUUUUGCAUGUAUCAUAGGACCAGAGCAUCCUCCGUUCACUACCCGAUCGCAAAGAAGACCAAGGACUCCAGCAAUGGGAUGAUUGGAUUGCAGUCGGAGCUCGGGGGACCGUCGCCGUCGCAGCUGGCAAUGAUGGCGGCCGCUAAUGGUCAUCCGCCGAGUGGCGGCAACGGUUCCGGCGGAGGUCUCCUGCCCCCCGGAGUUGUUGGCCAUCAUCAUCCGAUGGGACCCCCACAUCAUCCACAUCUUCAUCCGCCGCCUCCACCGCCAAAUUCCUCGCAGCAGCAGCAGCAGAUGCUCGGUGGAGGAGGACGGUCCGGAGGCACUGCUCGCGAGAGGGCCCUACAUGCCGUCGAGUACUACAACAGUAACGUGCUGAGGGCUCGAGUUGGAGCGGGUCUGGUAGGACCCCGGAAUUCGGUCCACGAACGAUAUCCCUACGUCCAGCGACAUUUGGGAAUGAACGGAGCAGCAACGAAGCUGGCCCCUCAAAAUUCGGAUAACCUGUACCGAAGCAAUUCCAGCCUGGAACUAAUCCACGAUCACAGCAACAAUCACGAUGGACUGCAUCCGGGAGGCACCAACCUGCGGCGAGAAUACGGUAGCCAUGGUUCUAUCGAUGUCAUCUCAUCCGAUCGACAUCAUUCGUCACAGGUCACCGGAGAAAACUUCCUCGCAAUGUUGCAGGAAUACCGACCGGCCGUUUUCGGCAUGGAACAUUCCCACCAUCACGGACAUCACGACCCCCGUCACACCAACGGCAUGACACCGAACGGGGAAGACAGUUUGGAUCGAGGACACUCUAGUCCCAAACUACGCAUGAAAUUCAACCGACUUUGGUCAUCAUCUGGCGGACACAACAACAAAACUACCCGGGGUCAACAAACCCAAAGUGCCUCACUGGAUGACGCUUCGCUAAACCCGAACGUCUCGGUCUUAUCCAAUGUGUCCAAUGUGAGCGCAACCUCCACAACCACCGUAUCAUCAGCGGACAUCGAAGAACGACAACGAAGACGAGCCUUCGCCCAUUUCGAUUGUCAAUCCCUAACCGCUAACCUCGGUUACGCCGCCAAGCUCCGAGGCCUUCUUCUGGCACGAAGAAGAAACACGACGACCGGUGCCUCCGCAGCCGCCACUUAUGGCACCCGAUCAUCCACCCCGGACGGGGACAGCAUGGAUGAAGACUACGGCGAUGGCCAAUGUAACGAACUUCUAGAAAACUGCCCCUUUUUCCGGAACGAAAUCGGCGGAGAGGAAGAGCGAGAAGUAAGCCUAUCGAGGAUGCAACUACAACCACCCACAGGUCAACAUCGACGGGCCAUCCACCGACCCCUACUUGCCUACGGAGUCUCAGUCCUCGAGUGUGCACCCAGCGAAACCCUCUGGAAAUCGAAUCCCUGUCCCUACCAAAAAGGUCCCAGACCGAUCGAACAAAUCGACAACGGUGCUCUGUACUACCGGCAAUACUUCUUCAACCAGGAACACCAAAACUGGUUCGGCAUGGACGAACAGCUGGGACCGGUAGCGAUUUCCAUCAAGAAAGAAAAACUCCCACCCAGUGCAAUGUCGUCCACACUCGCCAUCCACGGAGCGGAUGUGGCCCCAACAAGCCAGAACCCCACCCAGCAACAUCUCUAUAGACUAAUCGUACGGACAUCCGAACUGCUCACGCUCCGUGGUUCCGUCAUCGAAGAUUCGAUUCCGAAUCCUCGCGGACCAGGAAAACACAUCAGUACCAAAGAAAUUCUGGAGUACGUUGCUCCGGAAGUACAAAUAAGUUGCCUGAGGUUGGGCGUCAAUACACCUCAAUGCGAGCAGCAGCUACUCAAACUGGACGAGCAGGGCAUGACCAACAAAUACAAGGUCGGGAUCCUAUACUGCCGGGCCGGGCAAUCUUCCGAGGAGGACAUGUACAAUAACGAGGAAGCCGGGCCGGCCUUUAACGAGUUUCUGGAUACCAUCGGCAAACGGGUCCGCUUGAAAGGAUUCGAACAGUACAAGGCCGGCCUCGAUAACAAAACCGACUCCACCGGAACCCACUCCCUGUACGCCAACUAUCAGGACUGCGAAAUCAUGUUCCACGUGUCGACGAUGUUGCCGUUCACGCCCAACAACCGGCAGCAACUGUUGAGGAAGCGUCACAUCGGGAACGAUAUUGUUACGAUCGUCUUUCAGGAACCGGGGGCGCAUCCCUUCACACCGAAGAACAUCCGUAGCCAGUUUCAGCAUGUGUUUGUGAUUGUGCGGGCGGUGAAUCCUUGCACCGAACAUACCCAGUACCGGAUAGCGGUGUCCCGUUCCAAGGAGGUGCCCGUUUUCGGGCCACCGGUGCGACCGGGUUCGAUCUACGCUAAGGGUAAACACUUUGCCGACUUCCUGCUGUCGAAGGUGAUCAACGCCGAGAAUGCGGCCCAUCGUUCGGAGAAAUUUGCAACAAUGGCCACCCGAACCCGGCAGGAGUACCUCAAAGACCUGUCGAGCAACUACUGCAGCGCUACCCUGGUGGACACCGGACAGAAGUUCUCCAUCUUCCCGAGCAAAAAGCGGGAACGGAGCAAGCCUCGGUUUUCCGGGGACCUGACGCAGCGGGGCGCCUUCUGUUGGCAGGUGGUGCUACACGAUAGCGGCCAAUCGACGCAGGUCGAUUGUUUCCUGGGAAUUUCGGCCGAGACGUUUGUGCUGAUCGAGGAGUGUUCCCGACAGAUUAUUUUCGUGACUCCAUGCAAGGCGAUCCUCGGUUGGUCGACGAGUCAAAAUUCACUGCGAGUGUAUCAUCACCAGGGCGAGUGUGUUACACUGAACAUGCGGGAUUCGGGCGAUCGCGAUGAGCAGCUGGAGGUCAUUGAAAGACUGCGAGCCGUGACCAAUGGAUGCGGUGCUCUGGAGUUGAGCUUGAGGAGGAAUCCAAUGGGCCAGCUGGGUUUCCAUGUACAACCGGAUGGGAUCGUUACCCAGGUGGAAAUUUCCGGUCAAGCUUGGACCGCCGGUUUGAGGCAAGGCUAUCGACUGGUGGAGAUUUGCAAAGUUGCGGUUGCAACUUUGUCUCAUGAUCAGAUGGUCGAUCUGUUAAAAACUUCGGCCCAAGUGACGGUCACAGUAAUAGAAUCGUUUGCCGAUUUUAGUCCUAGACGUGGAUGUUCCUUACAAAAUUGUCGCUUCAAUGCAAUCAACUAUGAGAACGAUUACGAUACGGUCCCGGAGAGAUCGUCGUCGGAUAAAAAUGGUAAAAAACAUUUACCCAGUGCCCAGCUACAAUCGGCUAACCAUCGAAAGCGGUAUGAGAGGAAUUUUUCCCCACCGAGGUCAAGCAAUAGUUCCGGAUAUGGAACCGGUAGUAGUAGUCGAUCAUUCACGGCCGCCAAUCCAAAUGGAGUUCCGCCACCAGACAAUCGUUAUUGUCCCGAUAUGGGAACUCUGACGAGCUCUUCCAGUGGUCAUUCCUCGAACGACGAACGGUGGUACGAUAUUCUUGAUCCUCCUCAAGAAAUACCUUCAUCCAGUAUGCCUCCACCCCAACAAGAGUCCAGCAACUAUCACCAUCCAAAACUUACGGCUUCCAGUAACUCGCUGCCACUAGCUGGAAGCACUCCUAGGCCGUUAUCCCUCCACAACGAUUCCCGUCCUUUGACCAACAACGGUAGCAAUAAUCCAAAUAGCAAUUCGAAUAUCGCACUUCUCAAACGAUUGAUCAUUACCGAAAAUAAUGGUCACGAUAGUGGACCUUCUGGCGGUGAACCAUUAUAUAGCAGCUCGAUGAAAAAUCUUGCCAAUCAUCAUCACCUCUCGGCAACUGACGAAGAGGAACUUUCCCGGCACAAUUCGCCCCAACUCAAACGGUCGGCCACUACCACCAACAUCUACGGUAUCAAUGGCGCCGGCAAGAAACCCAGUUCUAAUGGACCACUCAGUUCCAGCAGCAACUCCAGCUCCCGGAAUAACAGUCCACGGCCGCUAAACAACGGUGGUGGACCAAUUUCCGACGGAGCCAAACUCCGCCCCAAAAGCCAAGCUCCGCAACGAAAUAGCGUUAACUACACCGGCAGCACCCUUCAGGAAGAUCUCAUGAAGCUCAUCAAUCCUGACUACAUCGCAGCAUCCGCCGACGAUAAUUUUAACACCGGAGGUUCCUUGGAGAAAAUUCAAAAAGGUCACCCAAACAGCCACAGCCUAGGGAACAUCUCGUCCCUAGCCGCGUCCAGUGGCUUGAAACCGAUCCAACCGCUAGCCCAGAAGUCGCGCUCCCGUGAAGGUGUCAACAUGGGAUCGUCCAAUAACCUAAAGGUCCCCUCCAACAAAGCAAACCACCAACAACAACAUCAAACACAGGACCAGGACUCCCUACCGGAGGUAAUUUUCACAACCGCUCGUCCCGCUACGGUCAUUUCAUCGACCACCAGCAAUUGUUCCAGUCCGGCUAGCGAACUGAACAACAAUAGUAGCGGCGGCGGCAGCAUGAACAAGUUGCACAUCAACGAAGACCAUCUGAAGCUGUCACCGGCUAAGCGCCAACAGCAGCAGCAUCAGCAACAACAGAUGAUGAUGGCCGGUGGGAUUUUGAAGAAUGGUUCACCGCUGCUGAAUGGUGGUGCAGGCGCGUCCGGGUCGAAAAUCCCGCUACCCGACAUGCAGGAGAUGGACUGGAAUAGCCUCGUUGAUACCGCUACCAAGGCCAUGAAUCAGCUCUCCGAAUCGGUGGCCAAAUCACAUCCGCAGGGUAACGUGUACUACGACGACAUCAGCCAGGUCCUGAACGGGGUCGUCCAACAGCAGCAGCAACUUCAACAACAACAGCAACAGUUGCAGCAGCAUCAAGCCCAACUGUCCCAGCUAACGGCAGCGGCCGCAGCCGCAGCAGUUGGUCAUCAGGGCAACUCCAGCGGUGGAACUCCUCCGGUUCUGCUGUCGGACCUAUCGGCGUCCUCAGUUGCGACCAGCUCUAAUCCAUCGCCGGUUUCUUCGGCCGGAAGUGCCAUCAGUAGUGCAGGUUCUUCCGGCAAUCAGCAACUGAUGGCCGCCGCCAUGCAGAACAGUUCCAGCUUGCCGGAGCUACAGAACCAGGUGACUCAGCUAUCGGAUCGAGUCCUGAGGGAACAGAGGCGUCGUCGUUCACUCGAGCAUGCCGUGCGUCGAUUGACCGAAGAAAAUCGACGGCUGCAGGACGAAAGCCAGGCCGCAGUCCAGCAGCUACGCCGUUUCACCGAAUGGUUCUUCCAAACCAUCGACAGACAAUCUUAAGAGGGAACAGUUUUUUUUUUUAAUUACACAAUAUUCAAGACAAACCUAAUAGUGCUCUUCAACAGAAUAUGUCUUCCAAAGUUUUGCACCAUUUUUGAAAUUUUUUUAGAAAACCACCAAUCUAGAAAAGCAAUUGUUCUCUCGUACUUACUCAAGUUACAGUUUGGGAUGAAAAUUCAAACAAUAUUUUCAUUGUUUCCUUAAAAAUCAUUAAUACAUUAAAACACAGUAACAUGUCUUUAACAAUCAAGUAUCGAGCUAUUAUAAACCGGAAGUUGAAAUCGAACUUUCUUAGCUGUUAGGUAUUGUAUCUCUUAAGCAACCAAAAAUAUAGCGUUAGGUAAAAGUGUAACGAAACAAUAUGCAUAACAUCAAUACGCCAGCAAAAGUUGUCUGAACUAUAGAAAUUUUGAAAACAAUAAAACACCAACAAACGUUUUUGAACGAGUUCAUCAAAAAAUUUAUAAAGAAAAAAACACCAAUUUAUCACGAAUAAAUACAAUACAAUCAGUACUACUUUACCACAUUUGCGGAAUUAGCAAUCGUUAGGCAUCGCAAUAUUUUCGACAUAUACACAUGCAUAUAUUCAAUAUUUAGAUAGAAAGCUUUACUUAAAAGAAACAAAACGAAACGUAUGAAAAGUACUCUUAAAACUAACUUAACUGAAAACAGAAGCAAAAACAUACCAAAUACAAUUGCCGUAUAAUUUCGCUCUUAAUCUACCGUUUAGUUUUGUUCGUAUAGAAUCAUCCCCUUAGAAGUAAGGAAACAGAAAAAAAACUGUUAAAUAGCCUUUAUGUUGAUAGUGUUUUCCCCAACGAUUGGAAUCAAAUGAAACAAAAAAAAAACGCACUUUUUAAGUUCGAUUUAAGUGUUGCAACAAAUCCCAUCUUGAACACCUUGUUCUGUAAAAUCUUGUACCAUAUUAUUUCUCGUUUGUGAAUCAAACCCUUAUUUUUUUGUAUUAAAUGUUAGACGAUAAGAGUUCCCCAGUCUUUACACCGUUUGUAUUUUUUUCAUUUCUGCUAUUCUAAUUUAAUUUCCAAAAAGGUAGGGCGUGUGUAUUGUUUUCUAUAAUACUACUAUUUAAAUCUAUCGCUGUGUACUAUAUUUGAGACCUCUCCGAUCACCCGCAAAACAAAGUGUGAGUUUUAUUUUGUAACUAUACCUUCCUACUUCUAUUGUAUCAUUAUUAUUUGUAGUCUAUAGUUAUUGCCCUAUCAUUAUAUUAUAAAUAUGCAGAACAAUAUAUUACAUACUUGUAUGAAGAGAAAAUGGAGGCGAAAAAAAACUUUACACAACACACAGCUCACAUUAUACGGCAGUAUGGACAGCCAACAAGCAAGCAAGCAAAUGUUACGAUCACGUAUUCAAAAAUCAAACAACAACAAAAAAAUCAAAAACAAUAUCAUUGAAAAUAUACGUUAAAAAUUUAG